AUGGGCCUUGAAGAAAACCGUGCAUUUUAUAAUCUUCAACGCAUUCAACGUAUUUUCAAUAUUCCUCGGCACAGAUACGCAAAAGCUUUUAUCGCUGCCAGUGUCACAAGCGAGAAGAUUGUUAUAGUAGUGCAUACGAGUGAGGAACCAGCGAUGUCUUGUUCUAGCAUAGCCAGGAAGAUUUACAAGAUCUUGAAAGAAGCGUAAGUUAAUUUUUCCUCCUCUUUAUCUUUGCAGGUGAACAAAAUAGGGUAGUAUUUUAGUUUACAGUUAUUCACACUACAUGCAAUAUCUAAAGGACUUAUGUAUAAAUGGCUUCUUUGCGUUAAAACUAGCCGGAUUUUUUAGAUUCGUCUAGUGUGGCUCCCUGUAUAUACAACGCAUAACACAGGAUCAGCUUUGCAUUUACUCCUGCUUAGUUAUUUUGAUUGUUAUUUGGCAUUUUCCUCUUAGAUUUAGUGAUCGCCUCAAAAGCUGUAUCAUACAUAAACCCGGAAGUAAACUCAAGUCGUUGAUCUGUGUGUCCCGGCUUUUUCUGAAGUGAGUGCAAUAGUAUUUAUGAUUAGUUUGCUUAAUUAUUUGAUUACAAUAGAUAAAUUCCAAGUUCCAGUAACUCUACGACUUUCAAAAUGAGGCCAAUUGCACAACCUAAUUUAAUUUCUUGUGAAAAUGGUUGCCUUUGCAUGAGAAUGAAAAAUCGCUUUGAUAUUAAUGGCUUCGCAUUUAGCCUCUCCUUGCACUUUGGGGCAAGAUUUUUUUGCUGAUACUAGGGUUUAAUGACGCUCAAACCUCAACUGCAACACUAAAUUUAUUACGAAGGGACCUGUAGUGGCGAUCAAAUAACCUCAACGUCAAAAAAGCCUUUUAUCAAUUUCACAUCACUUCUGAAUAUUAACAGAAGUAAUGCUUCUGAUAUUAAUGACAAAAAUACUGUGGACAAACCAGUAUCAUUUGCAUUAUAAUCAUGCUUUCCGAGUUUUAUGUUUUGAAGUCAAGAAUUAAUUGCCGGGUAACUCUUGGUUUUGUCGAAAGUAUUAUUGUUGGUUAGCAAGUUGGGGGGGGGGGGGGGAGGGGGGGGGAGAGGCUCUUUGAAUGGGGCAUGAAUAUUCUCCUUGUUUCUAACUUCCUUGUUUGUUUCUUUGUUUUUCUUUUCUAGGAAACAAAUUAAAAGCAAGAUUCACUUGACAAAAGAAGAAGGAAUGUUCCUGAAAAAGCACGGUAAGAAUAUGACUCUUCUCCGAGUGCUGACACUCUUUAACUAUAGGAUGUGAAGUUAACUGUUGUUUUGUUUUAAUCGAUAGGCAUUGCAGAGGGCAUCCUAAACUACUGAAAAUUGAUUGAGAUUUGUAAUCAUCUACUCUUUUAUAAGCUGCUCCAAUCUGUAGGUUGUUAUAAUUAGUUAACUUAUGAUCUAACCACUUCGCUCAAGAAUUUCACUCAAUAACACAAACUUACGGCCUUAGAUCUGCCCACCUUUCAAGUAGAAGUACUCUAGGAUAUUUUCCUUAGUUUUUUUCUUUCGUAUACCAAUUUUGAAACUCGUUUUACUUACUAGGAAUAGCCCUUUCCCCUUAAGAUAUGAAAUAGAGCUUUUCAGUGAUACCUCAGAGCUAGUUGCACAUUAGUAAAUUAAGCAAAAUACGCUACUGUGUGAUCGAACACACAUUCAUCUAAAACAGUGUGAAGACAUUACAUUAUUUCCUGUUUAAAUUUUUAUAUAUACAUAAUUAAUUUAUAUUAUCUUUUGAUUAACAAAUGCAAGUAGUGGCUAGCUGCAAAGUCGAGGAAGCCUUUAAUUGAUGUUUGCCAUUUCAGUCUCACUUAUCAUUCGGUUAUUCAAUUCAAAAACGAAUUCAGCAUAAUAAUCCCCGUUGCGUAUCACUCAGUCACUGCACUGAAACGCUCUCACAUCGUUGCUAUGAUAAUAUGUGUAUGUAGGUUCAAGUCUCUCGCGGUAAGAUUGUCACCAAUCUACGCAUGUGCGGCGUAGUUUCUGCAUAACUAAUGCCUUAUACACUUUGAUCGUGUCGGUGUCCUAAUGGACAGUAAUACAGUGAUCGGUUUAUACUGAUAACCAUGUGGGAGUCUCGUUCACCUCCUGAGAACUUAACCUUCAUCAUGCAGCUGGAACCGCUAAGUGUCUUCAUGAAUAGAAAAAUGAGCUUUCCACACUAGAUAACUCUCUCUUCCCUGGUCAAAGUUAGACGAGAAUAUAAAAAUCAACCGUUAAAAAUGGGAAAUAUAACUUAUAUCGAUUAAAAUGGAAAAUAUUACUGAUAUUUAUGCGAAAUAUACCACGCUCUUUUUUUUUCAUAUAUUCUUUUUAAUCAAUAAUUUGUAAAUUGAAUUUACAAAUUAGUAAAAGAAUAUAUGAAAAACGAGCGCGUGGUCAUAAUACUUUCGGAAAUUAUUCACAUUCAUUGAAAAUGUUAAAAAAAACAUUUACACAAACUGCUUAUACUAUAAUGAAGCUGUGAAUAAUGAAAAGAGAAAAAAUAACAAUUAAUAUAACAAUUAUGAAAAUAAUUAAUAAGAAAAAACGGGCGAGUGGUCAAACCACUGCUUUAAGAAAUCAUCCAUAUUCAUUAGAAACGUUGAAACAAGCAUUUCAACUGAACAUUUAAUUUAAUAUAUAAAUUAUGAGGGAGCGGUCGAAAUACUUCUGGAAUUGAAUCAUAUUCAUUGGAAAUGUUUAAAAAAAUGUUUCCACUUAAUUUUUAUACUAAUGUAAUGGUGAAGAAAAAAAUUAAUUUCUACAAAUUAUGAAACGAAUUAUAAAUGUAGAAAAAAAAAAAGGUGGAAGUACUUCAGGAACUUAGUCACAUUGAUCUGGAAUGUUACAAAGAUAUUCUAAAAAAAAAAAACAUUUAUAAAGUACGAAUGAGUGGUCAAAAUACUUAUACUUAAUACUUAUACGAAUGAAGCGGUGGAGAAAAAAGCUCCUGGCUUCUUGUACAUUCAGAAACUUCCGGGUUCUCUUCAUCAUUUUGCUACUGUUCCUGAAUGAAAUAAAAGAGACCAAUAGAUGUUAAACACGCAUUUCCACAAAGUAUCUACCGUGUGGCACGAAAUUUUUGCGGGAGUUUAUGCUGGCGGAUUGGCCAUUUUUGGGGUUUUGCGGGAACUAAUUUUUUGUGACCAGUAUUCCAUUGUAUAAUUUUUUGUUUCUGAAUGAAAGAGACAAGUUGUGAUUGAACAGACACGAUUUCUUAGUACUGUAUUUUAAGUUAGAGAAUAUCAGUACUCUGGACUUUAAAUUUUUGCAGGAAAAAUGUUUGCGGCACGUUUUGUUUGCGGGAACUUAUUUUUGCGGAUAGCUGGAAAAAUUGCAACUAAACUCGCAAAAAUUAUAACCAGCAAAAAUUUCGUGCCACACGGUAUAUAAUGAUAUCAAUCUAUAUUUUAAAAAGGUUUGGUUUAUCGUUUGUCUCACGAUUGUCACUUUGAUAUUUGAUCGCGACGUUUCGACCGCACACUGCAGAUCUUCAUCAGGCGAUAUUGUCGAUCUACUGAGUCGGACUAUUUGUACCACCCUGGUUGUUAGUGAUUGGUGUAUCACGAACCAUGGUUGGUGGGUUUCGAUCCAAAGCAUUGAUGGUAUUGUCAGAGGAGGAAACUGAUCUAUCAGGGGACCGCUGUGGUGGCGACCGGCUGUUAUAUGUUGCCUGACCGUUGGAAUCCACACUUCAGGAAUCUCAAUUCCACCGUCCCUGUUGAUGUUGUUAAGGUGAAGUCUUAUGUGAAUAGCCUCUCUAACUCUACGAGAGUACCAGUGCGGGUCUUGGUCAAUAAACUUAACUUCGUUAAAGAGGGGAUAAUGCACGGUCGGCGUGCUGUGCGUUCAGAAAUAGCCUGAGUAUUAGGCGUUUCUGGGGGAAAAGGGGAAAGAUGGAAGCGAAAAAGGGAGAAAGCUCUUCUUCCCCCUCUCCCCUUCCCCAUCUAAAAUCUCCUCUCCCCUAGCCUCUUAGGAAGGCCUGAUACUCAGGCUAGUUCGGAAACGGCCGGAGUUUGAGUUCCUGAAAGCGGUAUAUCCCUGGCCUAUCGUUAUCGUACCCCUUAAUCCAUUCAUGAAUGCACCUUCCUGUUCAGUGAAUGUAAACUUUGCCACAUUCACAAGGAAUCUUAUACUCUACUUCAUCUUGUUUUCCUGGAUCAACAGGAUCCUAAUGAAUUAGGUCGUACUAAGUGCGAUCUUAGUGUUGUGUCGGACUUGAAAACAGAUCGUGCGCCAUGCUGUUUUAGGCAACGAUGAAGUGGUUCAGAUAAUCCUUUGAUGGAUGGUGUUGUCAUUCUCAGUCUCCAUUGUACAUGUAAGACGGAUACUAAAACUGAUGGUUGGUUGUGUCUACUACAUGUAUUAACUGAAAAGCCCUUAAUUAGAUAUUAAACGAAACGGUCACCUGACUGAACCAGUGUAUAGGCAAGAUUAGACCUAAACACAAACAGUCACCUAGAUUCUACGGUCUACCUUAGAUACACAAAUCAAACAUACCUCUAGCUAAGACCUAUAGUUACGUGUGUUAACACCUUUGCUUAUGAUUCAGUACAAGGCUAUUUAGCCGAGAUCUUAGCUCCCUUAACGGGGAAGUCUGCCUACACGGUUAAGAAUUCAGCUCAUUUUGCGUUGACUAUUAAGGAAGAAACGGUUGAUGAAAACGAGAUCAUGGUAUCAUUCCGCGAUGUAGAAUUUUUAGUUACAAAUGUUCCAAUUGAAGGUGCUGUACUAAAAAGCUAGUUUACGGAAACUAGCGAGUGACCCAAGCGUCUCUAGUCGCACAACUUUAACACCUGCACAGAUUGCUGACCCUUUCAGAAUUAACUUUGUUUUAAGUUAGGUUCACAUACUUUCAUCAUGAUAUGAUGGAGCAAUAUAUGAAAAACAAGAUGGCGCAGCUAUGGGAAGCCCAGUUUCCGCAGUCAUAACCAACCUCUACAUGAAGGACUUUGAACAACAAGCAUUGUCAUUCGCGCCAACCGCCCCAAAGAACUGGAUAACGUUAUCAGCCUCCGUUAUAUUGACGGCACUUUUACCAGCUUAAAACGAAAUGAUGUCGAAAAAUCUUCUGCAGCGGCUUCUCAACACUCAACAACCAACCAUCCGUUUUAUAAUGGAGACUGAGAAUGACAACACAAUUCCCUUUUUGACAAAUUGGUCAUAAAAGAUUCAGAAGGACGCCUCGCUACAAGUGCUUACAGAAAACCUACGCACAAAUCAGUGUGCCUUAUGGCUCAGUUAAACGCGGUGUUGUCAAGUGCUUAUACGAUCGAUCGAAAAAUAUCAUCAGUAAACCAUCGGUUAUCCCUGAGGAAAAGAAGAAUUUAGCCUCUGCCCUUGUCUCUAACGGAUAUCCCGAUUCGUUUGUAACUAACAUGAUCACAAAAUCCAAGACCCGGCAGGCAUCUCUGAUAUAGAACCCGCAACCGAAAUUAAAUCUGCAGCAGUUCUGCCAUAUAUAGGUUUAUCUGAACCACUUCGUCGUUGCCUACAACAGCAUGGCGUAGGAUCUGUUUUCAAGUCCGACGCAACACUAAGAUCGCACUUAGUACGACCUAAGGAUCCACGAAGACAAGAUGGAGUAGUGUAUAAGAUUCCUUGUAAAUGGGGCAAAGUAUACAUUGGCGAAACGGAAAGGUGCGUGCAUAAACGGAUUGAGGAGCACGAUCGUGAUAUAUGAUUUUAGUAAAAUCCACCUAGUGGUCAAUUAUCAAUCCUGCGUUCUGAUUGGUUGAGCUACUACUAAGCUAUAUGUUAUAGCCCCCUAGUAAACCUUGCUCUGAAGUUGAAUGACUUGUUCCUCGACAUUUUUAAAAUAUCCCUUGGCAGUUUUGCCUCAAACUCCUGCUGCAUAUAUUUUGAUGUAUUGCAACGCAUUUUCAACGACUUUUACUGCUGUUCGUUGCUUCCAACUCAGGAAAAAGGUAUUGAGAUUGGACGCUACCUCGUAUCAGAGCUCAGAUAGAACUGUCCAGCACCUUUGUUUAUGACUACAAAAUGAGCACGAGUGGCAGUUCCGCGAGGAAUUCGCAACUCACCCAGGGGGGACGAACGACAAUGUUGCCCUUGCCUGUGAACCGAAUUACAUCACAGUGCAAAAUAAAAUUAUCGCAAGAAUAAUGCCCGUGAAUAAAUUUACAACUCUGAAAUUUCUGUUACUCCUUCCUUCAAUGAACGGGCAGUUUUUUCUUGAUUAUUAUGUUUGCUCUGCAAUACAUGUUUAUACAGAUCGGUUCGCAGACAUGGGCAUCAUUGUCAUUCGUCCCCCCUGGAUGAGGUGCGAAUUCCUUGCAGAGCUGCCGCUCGUGCGCAUUUGCUGGUCAUAAACAAAGGUGCUGGACAGUUCUGUCUGAGCUUCGAUACAAGGUAGCUCACAAUCCCAACACCUUUUUCCUGAAUUGGAAGCAACGUUCAGCAGAAAAAGCCGUUGAGGAUGCAUUGCAAUACAACAAAAUGUUUGUAGCAGGAGUUUGAACCAAAACUGCCGAGAGAUAUUUUAAAACUGUCGAAGAACAAGUCAUUCGACGUCAGAGCAAGGUUUGGAGCAAUUUAUGGUGCUUCUAAAACUCAAAAGUGCCUUUUAAAGAAUAGCACGAUAGGCAAUCAACUUUUGUUUUUAUUUUUGGCAAACAUUGAAUUCACUUGUCCUGAAAACUCAAACUGGUGGCUUCUUCUACCUGAGCGUAAUUUAUUUUUGAAAUUCCAAAACAAUUUCACAGCUGAAUUUUGAGCGACUUUUAGUUACGGACUUCUGCUCCAACGAUUUUCUCCGGCAUAUUUAUUAUGUCAAUGAAAGCCCAUACCAGAAAUUUCAGUAAAAAAUAUCAGCAAAAUUUUUUACUAGAAGCGAUUUUCUUUGAACACUAAGGUCCUUUUAAGCGCUAAUUUCUCAAGAAAUAUUUACCAUCUAUGAAUUCGGAAUAUUUCGUACUAUUGCCCAAUGAUAUCUGUUAUUCUUUGCAAAGUUUCACAGCCAUCGCUCCAAAAACGAAAAAGUUAUGAAGGAAAAUUUGUCACAGUUAAAUGCUCCAAUAUUAGUGACGGAGCCACCUUAAGUUUCGAAAAUUGUACAUAUAUGACUGGAACAGUCAUCUGGAAAUUUUUAGCCGUCCUCAACAAACGGGCAGUUUACAGAUAACAGUCGUUGGGUGCCCCUGAUAGCUGCUACAUAAACUUCUGUCGGCAAACUCGAGGAAAAUGAUGCGCUGAACACGAAAAAAUUGUUUCCCAAGUUUGAUUUUUAGAUUUUAAGCAUAAACGUCUGGCUUUGAAUAAAUAGACCCUAAUAACUAACAUAGAAACUACGCUAAGCAUUUACGCACUUUUCAUAACCACAUUUCAUUAGAGAAAUACUGUCCGAAAUUAGCAUAAUAUAAUUUCCUAAUCAUAAAUAAACUAAUAGAUAGAGGCUGCUAAAUAAAUCACGCUAUAUGGAAAAUAUUAGCUCUCGAAAACUCAUUUAUAAAGCGGACUGCGUAUAUACUGUGUUCACAUAGCAACCCAAAGAAAAAUAAAUACCUUAAGUUUUAUUACAAGGAUUGCGCUUUACCAAAAGAGCACUCCUAACAUGAUCAGUACAAUAUUUCAACCUGUGCAACCUAGUUAUUUUGUCAGGGCCAGUGACGCUCGGUUUCAGUAUAAAAACAAAAACAGAUUCCGAUCCGCAACUCCAAAAACAACCUUGCAGAGUUUGGAAAAAUGAGAAGCGCGAAAAUUAUAAAUAAUAGGGUUUUGCCACGUGAAACAAAAAAUUUCGAUCGAUUGUUUGAAACUUCAUUGAUACACCGACAGAAAACAAGAUAGUUUUGAACUGUUUUUCGUGAUAUCUGAACUCUUAUCGGCAAAAAAAAAACCAACAGCAAACAAACAAACAACACUUAGGGAGCUUACCAUUGCAGGAGCCCAUAACCUGCAGCGCGCAACUUCCAUGUACUUGUGACAAGGCGUUUUCACGGGCCAGUUUAUUUUUAGAACGGUUUUAACCGAAUUUAGAAUAUCUUUUAACUGGCCCACAAACCAUUCAGCAAAACCUACACACCUAAAAAUGAUAAUUUUUGCCUUUUAACGACGUUACGUUUUCCUUUUUAACAUCUUAUACUUCGAAUGCGUUCAUAGACUUUGCAAAAGUUACAUUUUCGCGGGAAAAUUGCCUUAAAUUGUGUCUAAAAAUAAACCGGUCCGUAAAAAUGCCGUGACAUAGGCCUAGAAUGGAAGUUAAUUGCUCGCUCCGGGUUAUGGGCUUCUGCCAUUUGUUAGAACUGGCUGACCAGACCAGUUUAGUUGUAAGGAUAAAUCCACUACAAAUUAGUACUUUCCAGCCACAUCUGUUUACUCCUAAAUCAAACUUUUUGAGAAAAGAUUAAUAUUUCGCUCUCCAAAUGACUGGCCCGGCCGGCCAAUCCUGGCUUUUGGAAAACACUCUUUUUCUGUGGCCAAUAGAGUACUAGCGGUGUGACGUCAUAAAAAAUAAAUUUGUGAAAUUAUGGGAUUUCUGGCGAUAUUCUGAAAGAACAAGAUCAAAGUGACCUACUUGCCAAAAAUUAACAUUUCGGGGCAAAUUGUCUCUGAGAUUUAGAAGGAUUUGUAUGGAGUGAUCAGAGCAUAACUGGGCUAAUAUCUCAGAGAUCUAGACAAUUUGCCCUGAAAUGCUAAUUUUUGGCAAGUAGGUCACUUGGAUGUUGUUCUUUUAGAAUAUGGCGACAAAUCCCAUAAUUUCACAAAUUUGAUUUUUUAUGACGUCAUCACUUCAGAACUCUAUGGCUUCGUUUUCAGUAGUCACGUGGCCAAAAAAUCAUGUGAUUACGUAUCGAGCAGUAACAACAAAGGUACUAUAAAAAAAGCUUGUCGUAUUUAUUACCUGCUGAUUUUUAACGUUUUUAAAAAGUACUCUGAGUCAUCAUACCACACUGAUGAGUACUUAUCUAUAAUAAACAGCCAAUUCGAAGGUUUAAAUGAUCGAACCAAGCUUGGUAAACAAAAUAUUCGUGUUCAGCGCAUAUUAAUUUUCACUUAAAAAAGUGUAUUUACCAACUUUCCCCAAAUUUGCCGACAGAAGUUUUCUUUUGCCAAAGUUGUCCCAGUCCAGUACGGCUUUCAGGAACUUAAACUUCGGCAGUUUCUGAACACGCCAGUUAAAGACAGGGCAUUAUCUGCUCUGGGGCGAAGUUAAGUUUAUUGACCGAGACCCGCACUGGUACUCUCGUAGAGUUAAAGAGGCUAUUCACAUAAGACUUCACCUUAACAACAUCAACAGAAAAGUGGAAUUGAGAUUCCUCAAGCGUGGAUGCAGACAAUCAGACAACAUAACAGUCGAUGGCCACCACAGCGGACCGCUGAUGGACCAGUUUCCUCCUCUGACAAUACCAUCAAUGCUUUGGAUCGAAACCCACCAAUGAGCGAGGUUCGUGAUACACGAGAAGCUAACAACCAGGGUGGUACAAAUGUAGUGCGACUCAGUAAAUCGACGCUAUCGCCUGAUGAAGACCUGCAGUGUGCGGUCGAAACGUCGCGAUCAAAUAUCAAAACAACAAUCGUGAGACAAACGAUAAACUACACCCUUUAUACACAUUAUCGGCGAUGUUUAAUAUCUUUCAUGACAAUAUUUACUUUAAUGAAGCAGUGA